AUGCUUUCGUGGUGUCGAUGGAUUUCACUAAAUUGGUGUCAAAAGUUAAAUGUGGUUCAAAGUUCGUUCUCCUGGUGGUUUUAUCUGUUGUUAAUUUGCUUGUGUGCUCUUCAUGGGUCAUGUCUUAUAGAGUCUAAUGCAAUUAGUACCUUUGGAGACUCUUGCAGAUUUCUGGGAUCCUCGGAAUCGCAGCUGCCGUUGCUGGGUUUGCAGCCGAAGCCACAAGAGUUAAGAAAUCUCAGGCUACGGUGGUUAACAAUGGCAUUGAGAUCUAUUGUGAGUACCCAAGUAGUCCAGCCAUGGGGUUUUGCUAUUGGGGCGACGGUGGCUCUUGUGCUUGCUCGUACAAUCAUCACAUCAGCCGGCGGUGGAUGUUGUUCAUGUUGCCGGACAAUCCCUGACUUAGCUAAACUUGCUCGAGUCUGUAUUGUUAUAUCAUGGAUUACAUCUUCUGUAGCUGUUAUCCUAUUUAUUGCGGGUGCGAAACUCAGCACUCAAAAAGAAGUGGCCAUGGACGUCAAUGGUGUGUUUCUAUUGUGGCACGAUAAGGCCUGGGAUCUUCUCAGGGGCUGGUAUCAUGGGUCUCGUGGGUGUGCUUCUCUCUAUAGUGUAUUACCUCUUUUAUGUGUCGGCUGUAAGCGGCUCAGUCAAGACAUCAACGGUAGAGCUAGAGGCACCACCAAUUACUGA